UCUCCCUCUCUCCAGCUAUAAAUGUACUGUGUGAAAGUUAAAUAGAACUGGGCUCGUAUCCUUUCUGGAUCAACUGGUUAAACAGAAUUUUGGAGUUAAAGUUUGACGACUCUGAAACAUGGGCCAUGAAGCCUGACAACCAGAGAAAUGACGAUUGAAUUUCUCUUUCUGCUUUCGGCCUAUGUAAGCUUUAUGAGUGGCAAUGCCCAGGCGACUGAUGGUUAUGCUACAGAUUCACCAAAGAACGUAUUCAUCUUAGCCGGACAAAGCAACAUGGCUGGCAGAGGAGGAGUGAUUGAUGGCAUCUGGGAUGGGAUUAUUCCUCCUGAAUGUAAAUCCAAUCCGUUCAUUCGACGACUUAGUGCAAACCUGUCGUGGGAGGAGGCAACAGAGCCCUUGCACAGAGACAUCGAUGUGAAUAAAACUUGUGGGAUUGGACCAGGUAUGGCAUUUGCUAAUUCAGUCUUACAAGGGGACCCCAGCUCGGGGUCUAUUGGCCUGGUCCCUUGUGCCGUUGGAGGGACGAAUAUAAGCCAAUGGGCUCGCGGCACCGACCUGUAUAACCAGCUUAUCAGGAGGGCUAGAGCGGCCGUUCAAAGUGGUGGAAUAAUCAGGGCUCUGUUGUGGUAUCAAGGCGAGAGUGACACCGUCAGUUUCGAAGACGCCAGACGUUACAAGAGCAAUUUGCAGAGGUUUUUAACGGAUGUUCGCUCUGGUUUGCAAUCCCCUAUCCUCCCCGUGUUUCAGGUUGCAUUGGCAUCCGGUGAAGGACCAUACGUUGAGAUUGUGAGACAGGCUCAGUUGGGAACUGAGCUUCCAAACGUGCGAUGUGUAGAUGCAAAGGGUUUAGAGCUGCAGCCGGAUAAUUUACACCUCACUGCUCAGGCUCAGGUCCAGCUAGGGGAGAUGUUGGCUGAUGCGUUUUUCCAGACUCUGCCUUAUCCUCUUCCCAGAAACAGUACAAAAGCUUGAAUGACAAAGAUGAUGACCAAACCAGCUGCAUUUUGACGUCCGGUCCAGUUGAAAAGACUCGCAUCAUUUCACCAAGCUAGAGCUCCACUUGAAGAUCACCAAUUUGUUAUCAAGGCAGAAAAGCUGGUCUCCGAUUUUCUCCUGUUUUCUUUGCCGUUCUCUAUGAUUUUCUGUACGUUUAGCUGAUUUUGUUAAAAAUUGCUUGCUUAAAUGAG